UUGUAUUUGCAUUUUGCAAGUCUUUUAAUCUUUUCCAGUCAAAAUGUCGAAUGUCGAUGUUUGUGCAUUUGCACAUGAAGGAAAAUUCAAAGAAGUUUAUGAAAGAAUAGAAGCACAGCCUAAUCUUGUUACAAAGAAAGAUCAGAAUGAAAGAAUUGCUUUACACUGGGCUGCAUCAGGUGGUCACACUGAACUAGUUUCCUACCUUCUGAAGAAUGGAUCUCCAGUGGACGACAUUGAUGAUUGUGGUUGGACUCCUUUGAUGAUAGCAUCAUCUGCAGGCAGGACAGAAAUUGCAACUAUUUUAAUUGGACUUAAUGCGAACGUUAAUGCUUGCAACUUCAAUGGUCAGACAUGCCUUCAUUAUGCUGCAUCUAGGAACAGAUUUGAGAUAGCAGAAAAAUUGAUUGAAAAUGGAGCAAAUGUAAAUUCAAGAGACAAAACUAGUAAUGCCACUCCUCUGCAUAGAGCUGCUUCUCGUGGUCAUUCUAACAUGGUCAAGUUACUGAUAAAUGCAGGCUGUGAUAUUCAAGCUGUAGAUAUUGAGGGAAACACUGCAUUACACAUGGCUUGUGAAGAAGAAAGGUCCCAAAUAGCUGUCUUUUUAGUAGAACAUGGGGCUGAUAUGACAAUCAAAAACAAGCAAAAGAAAACAGCGGCAGAGCUGGCGAACAAGGGUUUGGGCCGACAGCUGAUUCAAUUGUCUGGGAUGAGUGACAAGUAAGAAGGAAACAUACUUUGAGUGUAAAUAUGAAGGAAAAUGCAAGGAUUUAAGGUACACUUGGUUCAACUUUGAAACAGCGUAGUCUGUUUUACAAAGAUAAAAGGUGUUAUAUGAAAUAUAUAUGUAUAACACUUGUCAAUACAUGGCGGGUUUGCCCACGAUGUAUGAUGGGAUUGACUGGUGAAACUCACCUGGUGCAUGAUGGAAUUGACUGAUGCAUCUCAGGGUGGACUAGUGCAUGAUGAGAUCGACCGGUGCAUCUCAGGAUGGAGUGGUGCAUGAUGAGAGAUCUACCGGUGCAUCUCAGAAUGGAGUGGUGCAUGAUGAGAGAUCGACCGGUGCAUCUCAGAAUGGAGUGGUGCAUGAUGGGAUUGACCAGUGUAUCUCAGGAUGGACUGGAGCAUGACGGGAUUGUCAGAUGCAUUACCGGAAUGCCACACAUGGUCGUUGACUGAAAAGAUAGAAGCGUCAACGUCGCAGUUUGUUAUUAACGAAAGAAAAACAUUCAAGGGAAUUUCAAUCUGAUUGUGGAAUUUCUGAUCAAUUUGUCAGAGAUUGACAGCUUACUGAAAAACCUUGUGAUUGAUUUACUGACGUAAAUAGUGCUUUAAAAGUUAUCAAUUUCGUCAGAGUUGUGAUCGAUUGCUUCACGAGAGAUUUAAAGCUCUUAAAACUCUUAAGACAUCGAGAUUACGUCACGCUGUUUGUGAUUACGUCAUGAAGCAUUCGAGACGUGUCGGCGUAUAUUUUAGCGUUUGAAGGCGCAUUUUAGGAAAGCGUUUAUGGUGUAGUAAAUCUUCUCAGACGAAAGCAGAUACUUCCAAGAAACGAUGGGAUGAUAUUCUGUGUACCUUGUUUGCUAUUCUAUGAAAAAAAGAAAUAAAUGUAUUUCAAAGAUAA